CACCCACACCCUAGCCAAAAAUACUGCCAUAAUUUCAUAAUUAAUAUAUAAAGGACAAUGUGUAUGUGUUCGAUGAUACUCCGUCUUUCAGCCUGAAUAUAUUCACAUAGUUCUUUUAGGAUGGUUUGGCACUGGCAGUAUGAAUAAUGCACGAAAUGACCACACAGCAUCUGUAUUAAGAAACGGACAAGUAUUAGUUACUGGUGGAUCUAAUUAUAGUUUAUACCUAAAUAGUACCGAACUGUAUGAUCCAUCAACAGGAACUUGGACAAUGACUGGUAAUAUGAAUUAUAGUCGAGCAGUGCACACAGCAUCCGUAUUAUCAGAUGGAAAAGUAUUAGUUACUGGUGGAUAUGAUGGUAGCUCCUAUCUAAAUAGUGCUGAGCUGUAUGAUCCAUCAACAGGACUUUGGACAACGACUGGUAGUAUGAACCAUGGACGAUUUUUGCACACAGCAUCGAUAUUAACAAAUGCAUAUGUGUUAGUUGUUGGUGGAUGGGAUGGAAGCUCUUUUCUAAAUAGUGCUGAGUCGUAUGAUCCAUCAACGGGAACUUGGACAACGACUGGUAACUUGAAUGGUGCUCGACGUGAGCGCAAAGCAUCGGUAUUAACAAAUGGGAAAGUAUUGAUUACUGGUGGAUGGGAUGGAGGUUCUUAUCUAAGUAGUGCUGAGUUGUAUGAUCCAUCAACAGGACUUUGGACAACAACUGGUGGUAUGAAUAGUGCACGGAAUGUGCAUACAACAUCGGUAUUAACAAAUGGAGACGUGCUAGCUACUGGUGGAUUUAGCUAUUUUCCUCUGAGUACUUCAGAAUUGUAUUAA